GUCUGACUUGGCAAAAGGACGAUGCUGGCGGAUGUGAGUGGUGGUGGCGGUGGUGGCGGCAGCGGCAGCAGCACGACGUCUGUUGUUGGGCUGGCACUGCUGCCCGUCUUUGCUGCGGGGGCAUGGCUUGGCACGGUGCGCCUUAUUCCUGCCAUGGCCCCGCUCUUGGAGCGGGCGGGCAUCGCAGGCGUCGAUCUCAACAAACCAGGCUCCACCAAGAAAAUACCGGAGGCCGUUGGUGUUGUGUGCGGGCUGGUGUACCUGGUAACGCUCUUCUUGUACAUCCCCUUUCACUUUGAUUCCUUCCUUCUCAACUCGGACAAGCGCGACGACUUUCCACACGAGAAGUUUGUGGAAUUUGUGUGUGCCUUGCUGAGCAUCUGCUGCAUGAUCUUCCUUGGGUUUGCCGACGACGUCCUCAACUUGGCAUGGAGGCACAAGCUGUGGCUGCCGACGGUUGCGUCGCUGCCGCUGCUCAUGGUGUAUUACGUCAAUGUCGGGUCCACGUGGGUGCUGGUGCCGCCAUUCAUGCGUGAAUGGGUGGGCGGGGAAACCAUCAACUUGGGGUAUCUGUUCUACGUGUACAUGAGCAUGCUUGCCGUGUUCUGCACGAAUGCAAUCAACAUCAUGGCGGGCAUCAACGGGGUGGAGGCCGGGCAGUCGCUCAUCAUCGCCGCCUCCCUCGUCAUCCUCAACAUCGUCCUCUCCUUCAUGGGCCAGAGCGACCACCACCUCAUCUCGCUCUGCUUGCUGCUGCCGUUCUGCGGAGUGACUGCCGGACUGUUGCGCUUCAACUGGUUUCCAAGCUCCGUCUUUGUCGGCGACACAUUCUGCUAUUUUGCAGGGAUGACGUUUGCUGUUGCCGCGAUCCUGGGCCACUUCAGCCGCACGCUCCUCCUCUUCCUCGCCCCACAGACAUUCAACUUUGUCCUCAGCGUGCCCCAGCUCUUCAAGAUUGUGCCGUGCCCACGACACCGCAUGCCACGGGUGAAUGCGCGGACGGGUUUGCUUGAGCCGAGCGUGGUGGAGGUGCCACUCAAGUCCACGUCCUCCCUCGGCCUUUGGUGCAUCGCCGUCGCACGGAUGGUCGGGCUGGUGCGGGUGGUUGAGAGCACGGACGAGCGGUUGGUUGUGACCAACUUCACUGUCAUCAACACCGUCCUCACCAUUGCCGGUCCAAUGCAUGAGCGCAACCUCGUCAUGUGCAUCCUCUUCAUCCAGGUCGUGUGCAGCGUCGUUGCGCUCGCCCUUCGCUUUGGUGUUCUCUUCGUCUGAACCGAACACAUGCGUGUGUAAAUGAGCGUUAACGUGUGCACACAUGUGCACGUAUGUGUUGGGUUCAUGUUUAUGGACAGCGAGAAGAGAGUAAGGGAGAAAGGGAGAAAGAGUGAAAGAGUGAGAAUACAGCCACUUGGAAAGCAGUCAACAGCGGCCACAACGAGA